CGCUCUUCAAGCACUCGCAGCGGCGCAGCCUGAGAAAAUUCCGGGUUGUGGUGUCCUAUGUAGAAAUUUUAUCUUCUGCACUCAGUUCCACUUCGUAGUCACUACUCCAGUGGUUAUUUUAUUUCUAAUUCUAGAUAUUUUUACUCCACACUCACCCAGUCAACGAACAAGAGUCAAAACGGCGCCGUAAAAGCAUUCACUCGACUGCAUCUUCGCAAAACCCCUUCCCCCUUAAAACACUCGACUCGAAUUCUACAGCCACCUCGCCUCGCCGGAAAUUCGCCAUGUCAUCGUCCUUUGGAAGCUCCGGCCAGCCGUUCCACGGCGACGGCGCCUUCGCUGGAUACACGUUCUCCAACUUCGACGGCGACUCGCUCAAGGACUCGGCCGGUGACUCGUCCCCGAUUUUCGGCGGCGCGUCGUACAACGCCGGAGAGGACGUGUUCUCCUCUCAGGCGGCUCCGGAGACUCCUUCUCCGCCAUCGAUCUACUCCGCCGCUGGGGGAUUCGCUGCGUUCUCGCCGGAGCAGAACGGAGAGGGCGUAGGCGCAGGUUUCGGUGCCUCCGAUGGCCCGAUAUUGCCGCCUCCGACGGAUAUGGCGGCGGAGGAGGGGUUUGCUCUGAGAGAGUGGCGAAGGCUGAAUGCGAUUCGAUUGGAGGAGAAGGAGAAGAAGGAGAAGGAGAUGCGGUUUCAGAUUAUAGAGGAAGCGGAAGAGUACAAAGUCGAGUUCUACAAAAAGCGUGAUGUUAAUGUUGAGAACAACAAGGCUUCGGGAAAGAGAGAAGAAAGACUAUUUUUGGCAAGCCGGGAGAAGUUCCAUGCUGAAGCUGACAAAAACUACUGGAAGACAAUUUGUGAACUUAUUCCACAGGAAGUUCCUACAAUAGAGAAGAGAGGGAAAAAGGACAAAGAGAAGAAGCCUUCUAUUGUUGUCAUUCAAGGGCCAAAACCAGGGAAGCCAACUGAUCUUUCAAGAAUGCGCCAGAUAUUAUUGAAACUCAAGCAUAAUCUCCCUCCACAUAUGAAGCCCAAGCCUCUCCCAUCGUCAGAAACCAAAAAGGAUGCUAAUACUGGACCUCCUGAUGUAGCUAGUACAAGUACUCCUCCUCCCAAGGUUGUGCAUGUGGCAACUCCUGAAGCUGUUGCUGCAGCUUGAGGUUGGUACUAUUUGCCGAAUCUGAAUGUAAAAAUCCAGUGUCAAAUAUGAAAAUCCAGGGUCAAAUAUGUAGUGUAGUUCUGUCUACCAGUACUUAACUAAUGUAGAAAUUACUUGUAUUGGUUUUGGUUGCUUAGUAUAUUGGUAUAUUCACUUCCUUGGAACUUAAUUUU